GACACUUGUUCAUCCACACCACAUUUACAUGUCAUUCUGCACCUUACCGAUACCCACAUACGGCUAGCUUUGUGGAUCACUAGUCGUUGUUCUGUCUCUAAAUCGGAUGGAAACAUUUCAGUCCGCAGAGAUACGGGCGCUGACGAUCUUCUGGGGUGGCCGGGGGUGCGGAGUCUGGACAACCAAGUGGCUGCGAACCACCGGAUGAUUCACAUCCCUGGCUGUUUGGACAGUACCCAAUUUCCAGAUUGGGGGACUUCUGCACAUCCAUGGAUGUCUCUGCAGUGUCUGGUCACAUUGGCCAGUGUCUUGUCGUGUCAAGUUUGUUCAACUACCAACCACUGACUGAGCCAUAGAUGAAAUCUUCAAUCUACGGUCGCGGUACGCUAUCCGUGAUCUUGAUCUGGGAUAUCCCUUCCAACCGACACCGAGAUCGCCAUAUCAUAAAAUUGCAGAUCUCUAAACUGAACUACUAGCCGACGGGCGGACAGCCUCUCCGAGUUCCAUAUCUCAUCAAUCAUUGCUGUCGGCGCAGAUGCAGUCGUGAUAUUCCAGCAAGUGCAAUGGUGGUCUGUCACUCGAGUAUCUCAUGUACCAAAUACUUUGGCUCAGUAUUCGGGUUUUGCCACGUGGUCCAGACUUGACAGAGGCAGUCAGUGUAAGGAGAGGAUUCAUUAACCCGUAAGGUCGUACGGCUACUGAUGCUGUCCUACCCUACACGCAUACGGCCCAACAAUAAUUAUUUUGCCACCAAUCAGGUCGAUGCCGGUCCCCAUACGCAAAACGCUCGUCGGGCAUGAGAGGCCACUCUUCUCGUUCUGACGUCUGAGGUCCAUUAACUGGAUCUCAGGGCUUUUGGUGUGGGGUUCUUUGAUGUCUCAGCCUGAUACUGAAAUCCUGCACUUCGGCGUGGUUUUUAGUGGUACCCAGUCACAGUCACCGAUCAGCGGCCGAUCAUGAUUUCUUCAGGAGUUAGGUCGGGCAAGGACACCGCCUUGAGCGCUUUCAGGGCCAUCGAUGACCACGAUCCGGAAGUGGAGCCAAUGCUUCAUGCCCCAGUGACUGAGGGCAAAACUCAAGUGAUCACUCAGAUGGCAAUGAAUGUUCCACAAGGUGGGAUCACGCCUCGACUUCUGUCCGGGCAACCUCGCUCUGUGCUCCCAACGCGAGGCCAUUAACAUUCCAAGUCGUCGAGCCUUCCGGCAUCUCCCUGAUUGGCCCUGCCUAGCCGUCAAAGUGCUCCAGUCGCUCCAAGCACAGAGGAAGAUGCUGAGUCUCGUGUACUUCUAUGGUGGCUACAUCGUGGUGGAAAACACGGGUCACAAGCGAUAGGGGUCCAUGUCUCGGCACAAAGGGUACUCCUUGUCUGUCGCCGCGGCCAUCUCAGAUCAGUCAGGUCUUUUCGACGAAGCCUUUAUCAACCUGCUUCUCAGGCCCUCCGUUCACUACAUGCGCAGAGGAGCCGUGCAUCUAGUGUGGCGCUCUCUGCGUACGGAGGAAAGCUUCUCGCAAGCAACAGACGAAAAGCCUUCGAGGCAAUGCAGAUGGAUUCAUCUCCAGUUCCCCCUGCAGUGCAAUCUUGGGCUGGGGGCGGUGUGUGCCCAGCCCCGUUCAGACCGGAAGAGAAAGACACUUCUCGACAUCACUUGUUUCCCUGCCGUGCUGGAGACGAGCUCCUUCCCAACACAUCCCGAACAGGCAGCGUGUCCUUUGAAGCCCAGAUGCAUUCAUGCCCUAAUGGGUGGCAAAAGAUAUCUCUCAUCUAGGCUUAUCUGGCUUCCUACAGGCCCUUCGUUGGGGCUGGUCACGCCGUAUAUCGGCCACGUCGGUCUAAUGAACAUGGUAAGGAUUUUCAAGGCCUUGUAUGUUUCUCAGCCCAGCCGAGCUGCAUUCGCCUGCGGCUUUCCGCCUCGUUGUGGUCAGCAUUUCCACCCCGGGAGGCGUGCGUUGUACACUGGGAGAGUAACGACAGUGGCAUGACACAAACACAACCUUUUCCACAGCAUCCUGUAGGGCUUGCGAGGUUCUCCAAUGCUUGCUUCGUUUAGUUGCCAAGCCGGACCUCAACUACGAAGAGACGGCCCCAUUACGAGCGCAAAGAACAGCUGGCCGGUCAGACCACGGUCGCUGCCGUGGAAGUAUGACACUUACCGCCAGUCCUUUGAAAGAUACCUGGGAAUCCGCGAGCAUGUGCAAAUGGCGUGCCAAUCCUCAAUAUGACAUCCAUCAUAUACAUGCGGUGCAAGUCGUGAUUGCCACGACCGCUGCGGGUCGCUCAAAGCGGAUUGAAAAUGGACUGACGUUGAACCUCUCCAAAGAUCCAACAAAACAGGAGCCCUUCGUCUUCUUUCAUCCUCCACCUCACUAUUUGGUUUCGGGAGUCCUGUUCAUGCCUCUGACGCAUGUCCGUUGAGUGCAUCCUCCAGCAGCCGACGCAUUACCUGCGGAAAUGAGCAUCACAAUCCGUAUUGGCGACCUCGGCCAGGCCACGCAAGCCCGCAUUGGGAAUCAGUCUCCGCCUGACGCUUUCUUGCCUUUCCUCGCAUGCAUUCCCUCUUGUUUCUGU